AUGCGCUUCUCCACAACCGCCCUGCUGGCGCUGCCGGUGCUUGCCGCGGCCGCUGAGAGCCCGUUCGAGCAAUACAAGGCCAAGUUCCAGAACUUCAUCAGCAACUUUGGCGCGGCAACACCCAGCGCGGAACGGGAGAACGCGCCAGCGGCCGCGGCGCCCGGUGGUGCGUCCACGGGCCGGGCGAAGUCAAAGAAGGUUGUGGAGCCCAAGAGCAUCGAGACUCUGACGCUCGAGAACUGGAAGGACACGUUGUACAGCCCUGUGCAGACCGACGCGACGGGCCCUGAGGAGUGGCUGGUGCUGUUGACUGGCGGGAACAAGACCUGCUUCGGCCACUGCGCCAAGAUCGAGACAGCCUUCAGCGAGUCCGCGCUCAACUUCGCGGCGCUCCCGCCGUCGCAGCCGUCGCCGCACCUGGCCAAGCUCAACUGCGACGACCAGCCGGUGCUGUGCAACAGCUGGUCCGCCAACACGGGCGCGCUGUGGUUGUUCAGCCUGCCCCCACCGCCGGCCCCGGCCGACAUCGCCACCAAGCGUGUCAACCUUACCACCGUCACGACCCAGGACAUUGUUGACGCAUACACGGCGUCCAACCGCACUGAGGCGGGCUGGCAGACCUUCGCCCCCGAUGGGUACUUCCAUCCCCUUGAGGGCAAGCUGGCUAAGCUGGGUCUUUCUGUCCCGCUGGGUUAUGCCCUCUGGGCGUUGAACGCUAUCCCCUCGUGGGGCAUGAUGCUCAUUGUGUCGUUCCUGAGCCGCACCAUGAUGAACCGUCGCAUGGAUGGUAUGGCCGGUGGCCGGCCCGCUGGCGCUCAGGGUGCUGCUGCCGCGCCCCGCGCUGCUCCUGCCGGAGACGGCCGCUCGUAA